AUGUCGGCCUCAGACGCGCGACGAGCAAUCACCGAGGGCGCCUUGGAUGCCAUCUUCGCCGAUCAAGCCAUCGCAAACGAGAGAUUCCCCGUUCCAGUCCUUCAAUGUCUCCAGAUCAAGCCUCUGGCCGCAGGUCCAGCAGGUGGCAACAGUGCCGAGCGAUACCGAGUUGUUCUCAGUGAUGUUAGCAAAUAUGUCCAGUGCAUGCUGGCAACCCAGGCCAACCACGUUAUACAUGAUGAAACGCUUGUUCGGGGAUGCAUCGUGCGUAUCAAGUCAUACCAGGCCAACUCAGUCAAGGGCAAGAAUAUCCUCAUUAUUCUGGACCUGGAGGUUGCUGAAGAGUUGGGCGUCCACGAAAAAAUCGGCGACCCUAAAGCCAAUGCCGUAACCUCUGAAACCACUGAAACCACAAUUGGUGGAACUGGUUUUUACGGCAAGAAGUCUGAGUCUGUGAAGCCUGAGCCGUCUGCUCCGAUAAAAUCGGAGCCCAUGUCUUCUCGCUUUGGUGGCGGCGGCCCAGCAAAGCAGUCCAGUGCUGUCUCUACCAAAAUCAUGCCUAUUGAGGCUCUUUCUCCUUAUGCCAAUAAGUGGACUAUCAAAGCUAGAGUAUCUUCCAAGUCCGACGUCAGGACCUGGCAUAAGAACACGGGCGAGGGGAAACUCUUCUCAGUCAAUUUGCUCGAUGAGUCUGGCGAGAUCAAGGCAACUGGAUUCAACGACCAAGUUGAUCAAUUCUUCGAUCUCUUGCAAGAGGGCCAGGUUUACUAUAUCAGCAAUCCUUGCCGAGUCCAAAUGGCCAAGAAGCAAUUCACAAACCUGCCCAACGACUACGAAUUGACCUUUGAGCGAGACACCGUCAUUGAGAAGGCUGAGGACCAAUCCAGUGUCCCCCAGGUUCGUUUCGACUUUGUCACCAUUGAAGAACUCCAGGGCAUCGAAAAGGACACCACCAUUGACGUCAUUGGAAUUCUGAAAGAGGUUGGCGAGACGUCGCAAAUCACAUCCAAGAGCACCAGCAAGAGUUACGAGAAGCGCGAGCUCACUAUUGUCGAUGACUCCAACUUCUCUGUCCGCCUGACAAUCUGGGGCAAGACUGCCAAUGAGUUCAUGACACCGGUGGAGUCGGUAGUAGCAUUCAAGGGAGUUAAGGUGUCAGAUUUUGGAGGAAAAUCUCUUUCUCUGCUGUCAUCUGGUAAAGUAACAGUCGACCCCGACAUCUCGGAAGCCCAUAGGCUCAAGGGAUGGUACGACUCACAGGGUCGCCACGGAGAUUUCACCACACAUCAACACAGCAACACCCUUGGCAAUGCGACAAAUCGUGAAAAUCAGAUGAAGACCAUUCAACAGAUCAAGGACGAAAACCUGGGCAUGGACGACAAGGUUGAAUACUUCUCGCUCAAGGCAACAGUGGUUUACAUCAAGCAGGAGACUUUCUGCUACCCUGCAUGCCCUAACGAGGGCUGUAACAAGAAAGUGGUUGAUCAAGGUGACGGCUGGCGAUGCGAGAAGUGCGAUGCCACUCAUCCACAACCGCAGUACCGCUACAUUAUGCAAAUCAACGUCAACGAUCAUACCGGACAGCUCUGGCUCAGUUGCUUCGACGACACAGGCCGUCAAAUUAUGGACAUGUCUGCUGACCACGCCAUGAAUCUCCGUGAGACAGAUGAGGCUUCGCUCACGGCAGCAUUCGAUCGAGCAAACUGCACCAAAUUUACAUUCAGAGUCCGUGCCAAGAUGGAUACCUACGGAGAGGUUUCAAGAGUACGAUACCAGGUCAUGAGUGCUUCGCCCAUCGAUUAUGCAGGUGAGGCGAGGGCCUUGGCGGAUAUGAUUAAGCAGUUUGGCAUCUAG